AAAGGUUGUAUUAAAUACGUACAUUGAAUGUUCAUCUUAUUAUUAUUUUAUAGUUUUCGUCCUUAUUUUCGAACUUUUAGAGGUUCUUCGUCGUAUGCUGAUUUGUCCCAAAGAGCACGAUUUUCCGGCUUGUCAGAAAACAGGAAGUUGGCCAAGCGGUGUUGGUGUUGUCAGCAUUUGGUAACGAUUAGCUAAAGUUCAGAUUUGACACCGUAGAGGAGACAGUUCUCAAACAGCACCGACCAGCAUGAGUGGCAAAAAGGAAGUCAGUUUUGAUCCAAAAGAGCACCAGCACCUGCGUUAUAACCCUCUGCGGGACACGUGGGUCCUGGUGUCGGCUCACCGCAUGAAGAGACCCUGGGCAGGUCAGGUAGAAAAACCUCCUGAGGAACACAUACCCAGAUAUGACCCUGGCAACCCACUCUGUCCUGGGAACACUCGUGCAAAUGGAGAGGUAAAUCCUGACUAUGACAGCACUUUUGUAUUUGAAAAUGACUUCCCUGCUCUUCAGCCAGAUGCUCCAGAUCCUGGUUCUGAUCAACAUCAUUUGUUCCAGUCUAAAGCUGCCAGAGGCGUCUGUAAGGUCAUGUGUUUCCAUCCCUGGUCUGACGUCACCCUCCCUCUCAUGAAAAAGCACGAGGUUGUUAAGGUGAUUGACAAGUGGGCUGGGCUUGUAGAAGAACUAGGCACCACGUAUCCCUGGGUUCAGAUCUUUGAGAAUAAAGGAGCUAUGAUGGGCUGUUCAAAUCCACAUCCUCACUGUCAGGUGUGGGCCAGCAACUUCCUGCCUAAUGAGCCAGCUCUGUCAGACCGCUGUCAGAGAGCCUACUAUCAGAAACAUGGAGAGCCGCUGCUGCUGCACUACGCCAGACUAGAGGCUGAGAAAAAGGAGCGUUUAGUGGUGGAGAGUUCUGAUUGGCUGGCGGUGGUUCCAUAUUGGGCAACGUGGCCCUACCAGACAUUGUUGUUACCACGACGACAUGUGCUCAGAAUCAAUGACCUGACAAGAGAGGAGAGGGAGGGUCUGGCUGACAUUAUGAAGCGCCUGCUGACCAAGUAUGACAAUCUGUUUGAAAUCUCCUUCCCAUACUCCAUGGGCUGGCAUGGAGCCCCUACCGGUCCCCAUUUAAAGGAAGACAACUCUCACUGGCAGCUGCAUGCUCACUACUACCCUCCUCUGCUGCGUUCAGCUACUGUGAAGAAGUUUAUGGUGGGUUAUGAGAUGCUCGCCCAGGAGCAAAGGGACCUCACCCCUGAACAGGCUGCUGAGAAGCUGAGGAACCUACCAGAAGAACACUAUAGGACCAGAGACCAACUGAGCAAAGAGCAAGAAGGUGGAGGAAAUUAAAAGUCAAAGUUUGACAAUCUGUGCGAUAGUUAAAAUAGCAGGGACAAAUAUGCACUUAUUUAAACCAGAAUAUGCUUUUGGAAAUAUACAGCUGAUGUAUUAUUUUUGUUCUGGAAGUAUUGUAAAAAUAACAUUUAAACUGGUGCAACAUGCUAAAGUGCCUUUCCAAACACAGGGCUUUGAGGUACAGUAUAUGUAUAUAUUUUUAAUGCAUUUUUUGUGUACAUAAAUCUGGCACUGGACUCCUUACUACAAUUAUAAAAUGGACUUCAAACUAAAUAUGCUAUAGAACCCAUCCUCCAUGUUUUUGAGCGAUAAUGAGAGAACAUUUUUCUCUUCUUCCCUGCCGUCCCUUCUGCUGAAUUUAAACAAACUUUUAUGUUGUUGUUUGGUCAUAUUAGAAGCCUUUCAACUGUGUCCAACAACAGAAUGGGUUAUUUGUGAUUCAAAUGAAUUCCUUUGUUUCUUGGAAAUGGUUUUACAUAAAAAGUAGCUUUCAGUCUCAAA